AUGUUAAACAGAGAACGAAUUAUAAUUAAGAAUCAAAAAAGUAACAAAAAUAAAUCAAAUCUAUUAGAUUUUGUACCAUUGAAACGUUACAAAGUUUUCCCUAUUGAUGAAACUACAUCAUCAGAUACAUUACAAGAAUUAAUAAAAAUAGCUAAGAAAACAUACAUGAUGACAUUAUUUCCAUAUGAUCAUGAGAAAUCAAAUAUACAUUAUCUUCAAAUAGAAUUAAUACAAGAUGAAAUAUCAAUUAUAAUAAAUAUUGCUUUUUUUCUUGGAUAUAAUAUUGUCUUACCAGAUAUAGAUGAAUUAUUAUCAGUUAUUUUUCAUCGAUCAAAAUCAAUUCAAAUUUGGGGUACAUCAGAAAGAUUUAAUUAUGAUCAUGGUUUCAAUUUAAUAUAUAGUCC